UGCCUCUGCCCUUGUAAAGAUGGAAGUAGCGCUUGACAUGUGGGAGGCGGAGCUGCGCCUGCGCAACAAGUUCGGCGGGGAAGAUGGCGGAUGACAAGGAUUCUCUGCCAAAACUUAAGGACCUGACAUUUCUCAAGAACCAGCUGGAGCACCUGCAGCAGCGUGUGGAAGACGAAGUCAACAGUGGUGUGGGCCAGGAUGGCUCACUCUUGUCCUCACCAUUCUUCAAGGGAUUCCUGGCUGGCUAUGUGGUGGCCAAACUGAGGGCAUCAGCAGUAUUGGGCUUUGCAGUAGGCACUUGUACUGGCAUCUAUGCAGCUCAGGCAUAUGCUGUGCCCAACGUGGAAAAGACAUUGAAGGAAUACUUUCGGUCACUACGAAAGGGGCCUGACUAGGCCUAAUGGGGAAGGCAGGAUGAGCAUCUCAGGCCU